UCUCUGUUUUUGACACCCUCAUACUCUCCAUCAUCUUAGCUAACUAUACUCUCUCUUAACUUCUCUCUCUUUCUCUCUCUCUCUCUUCCCUCCUUAAACCAUUUCACAUUAAUUCUCUCUUUCUAUAUAACAUAUAUUCCUCACUUUCUCUCCUUCCUUCCCCUUUUCUUCCUUUCCAUUCUUUUAACUACCCAAAUUCAAGCUUAUUACAAACACUUGUGUACAACAUAUACAUAUAUAUCACCAAAUUAUUUGUAUAUACACACACCUAAUUCAUUGCUUCCAAGAGGAUUGAUUCAUCGCCAAUCACCAUGUUGCAAGAUGUUAUCCACCCUCCAUCACAUGAUGAACAACUCUCCAUUGAUCAAAUUUCAAGUCCAAAUAUUAGUGCACAGAUUUUUGAACUUUGUGACCCUGAUUUGUUCCAAGACUCUCUUCAACAAAAUUCUGAAGUUACUUCUACCUCAAAUUGUUGUCAUCAUGAAGAAAACAACCUCAACAACAAUAAUAACUCUUCAUAUACCUUAAACAACAUUUCACAAGCUUUAGAUUUAGAUAACAACAUCAAUAGCAAUAGCAACAGUACUACAAGCACAACAAGCAACAAUAACACAACAAAUAAUGCCAAUAACAACCUUCCGAUCAUCUUUGAUUCGCAACAAGAUAUCGACAAUGACAUAUCGGCUUCGAUAGACUUCACAUCGUCGUCGUCUUUUCUGGUUCCGUCGCUUCUUCCGAUCAAUACUCAUCAAGAACAACAGUUUGAUUUCUCUUCGACGCAGCCUCCUCAACAUCAUCUUCAGCUGUCUACGUGUUCGGUUUUGAAAGGACUGUCUUCGCAGUAUCAUCAAACGGAUAAUAUUCCGGUUUCGGGUGCUGCGGCGCCGCUUAUCGGUGGUUCGUUCGGUUCUGUGUUUGAAGAUGAUUGCAUAUCUUCGAUUCCUUCUUAUUCUCCUUCUUGUUCUUAUCUUAGUAAUGGGUUAGGUGUGUAUAUGCCGCAUGGAAAUUUGUCUGCUGAUAGUUCUGGAUUGUUUGGUGGAGGAAUUCUAUUAGGUUCUGAAAUGCAGACUCAAGAUUUGGAUUAUCAAGGUGAAAAUGGUGGAAUUUAUUGUACAGAUUCUGUUCAGCAGGUGUUUAAUCCACAAGAUUUUCAGGCACUUGGUACUGAGAAUCAAAAACUAGUAGCUGGAAAUUCUGCCACUUUAUCACAAGAAAUCUCACAUUUGGAAGACUCUACCUUAAAGGUUGGAAAACUUUCUGUUGAGCAAAGGAAAGAGAAGAUUCAUAGAUAUAUGAAGAAGAGAAAUGAAAGAAAUUUCAGCAAGAAAAUCAAGUAUGCUUGCCGGAAAACUUUAGCCGAUAGCCGGCCACGAGUUAGAGGAAGGUUUGCAAAGAAUGAUGAAUUUGGAGAAAAUCAAAGGCCAGCUUGUAGCAACCAUGAAGAUGAUGAUGAAAUAGCUGUUAAAGAAGAAGAUGAUAUGGUUGAUUCCUCAGAUAUCUUUGCACAUAUCAGUGGACUUAACUCCUUCAAAUGCAACUAUUCAAUCCAGUCUUUGAUUUGAAUUAAUUAAUUAAUUAAUAUAUAGUUUGACUAGUAUAUUAUAUUAUGUAUAUCUAUAAUAUUAUAUAAUAUGUAUUUAGCUUGUGUAGAAUUGUGUAGGGCCCUUUUCCAUCUACAGGGCUUGAUGGAUUGUGGAAACUGAAUAAUUGGGGGUCCAAAAAUUAUAUACCAAUAAGUGAGUUAGGAACACAUAGAAUCAAGAAUAAAAAAGUAUACAAUUUUGCAGAUAA